GAGAAUCAGUCAUAACCUACUUUGGCUACAGCCCUCGCUUGAACCGACUGGGUUCAUCUCACUCUUCAUCUGGAUCCUCAUUCGCUUUCCUCAUCACCGCCCUCCUCCUUAUACCCUUACACAUGGUUUUUACUCCUAUCCGUGAAGUUGCUAAUCUUGAGCGCUACAAUCUUGCAAGGGCCAACGCGGGGACCUACUUUAAUGUAGUGGUUGGUACACGUCUGCAGCUUCAGUCAAGCGAGGGAGCACACACGACCCAAUUGCCCACUGAUGCGACUCAAUGGCUCAGACUUCUCGCUGGACCUCUGACUUGGCUUAUUCAGCAACACCCAGUACUCUCGCUCGUAAUUGGUGAACAUCGAUCCGCAAAGCCGACGUUUUUGAGAAUGCCCUCGGUUGACUUGUCCAAGAUUGUCCGUGUCACCUCGAUUCAGCAACCAAACGAUAUCGUGCAAACCCUCGAGUAUGAGCACAAUCUCCCAUUCGACUACUUGAACACUGAGGUCCCACUCUGGCAUAUUGUUGUAGCCCAUGUCAAGGAGGACAAUUCCUUCUACCUCCUCUAUAACUUUCAGCAUGCUAUCGGUGACGGCCGCUCUGCAAUGGCACUCACCGAGCAAUUGGUGGAGCGACUCAACAUCCAGGCCUCUGAAACUUCCUCCAGAGAACUAGAUCUACCAACCAUGGUCAUCCCUCCGAACGAUCCCCUACCAUUCAAUCUCGAAAAACGCGUCAACUGCAAUCCAAGUCUUCUCAUGCUGUUCAAGGAGGCCACGAUGGGACUCUUGCUUCCGGCUUUUGUCAAAAAGACGAUCGAAUCUAAAUACUGGUCUGGCGAAAUUGAUGCGACACUGGAUUUGAACGAGACACAGGUUGGCCUCUGGUACCUUAAUCAGCAAGAGACCCUCCAGGUUAUCGAGGCUGCAAAAUCACACAAUACCACUGUAAACUCAAUUCUCUUCACAGCCUCAAAUUUCGCCAUCAAAUCCGUCUUCCUGUCCAAGGUCGAGGACGGAGUGAAGCCCACGACGACCAAGGACAGGCUAUCGUUCUCGACGCCUGUCGCUCUUCGUCCGCUCAUCACGCCCCCAAUUAGUCGCUACGAUCAAGGCUGCUACACCUCCGCGAUUGUUACCAAAGAUAUCGAGGUUUCCCUUGACACCGGCUUCUGGGCCUUGACUCAAACCUACCGCAACCAGAUCGUUAAAGGCACCUCUACGCCCACAGGCAUCCGCCACCUGUUGGAGCAUGUAGGUAUGCUCGAGUACCUGCCCAAGCGUGAGGGUGGAUGGGAAGACUUUUUGCGAGGGCAGGUCACGAAGGAACAACACGGUCGACUCGCGACCAUCGAGAUCUCAAACGUCGGCAAGGCAUGGGACCAGCCCGGGUCCGUUACGUUCAAGAUCCAGAAUGCAAUAUUUUCUCAGUCUGCCGGGAUCACCGGCUCGGCCUUUAUGCUAAGCGCAGCGACGGCGAAUGGUGUCCUGUCGAUCGUUGGGACGUGGCAGAAGGCGACUUUUUCGAGUCGUGAGCGUGCGGAAGAGUACUUGAGAGAGUUUAAGAGGAUUCUGUUAGAGGCUACGGAACAUGAGAGGAAGGACUAUCGAUUCCGGGAGGCACUGCUUUCGGGCCAUGCUAGCAAGUGAGUCAAUGCAGCAAAUAAUAUCUGGUGCUUGGAAGGUUGUGCAGGGGAGUUCGCGACUUAGCUAAUUUGUGUGACUUACCUUGUGGCAGCGCAAAUAAACCGGCAUGACCACAAAGUAGUCGCG